AUGUCAAUUCAAAAUAUAUCAUCAUUUUGUUUAAUAACUCAAUUAAUAAUUAUUUUGUUUGUUUUUAUAUUUUUAUUAUUAAAUCAAUGCAAAACAGAAGCAUUUACUGCUGCAAAAAAGCGUGGGCAAUCAAGGAAACAAUCCUCAACAGAUUUUGGAGUUAAUAAUUGGAAAAGAGGACAACAAACAGAAAUUUUGGAGGAAGAUGAUAAUUUGUUAAUAAUUAAUGAUGAUCCAAAUAGUAGAUUAAAUGAGAGGAUACGUUCACUUACCCGUCCAUAUCGACGUCCAGUUAAACAUUCCCAUGAUACUAUUGAAGUACAUGUCCGUUGUAGUCUUUAUCAAAUUGUUGAUUUAGAUCAAAGAAAUAAUUUGGCAACACUUUCCGCUUAUUUUGACGUUCAUUGGGAAGAUGCUUUUCUUAAUUGGAAUGUUAGUGAAUUUGAUGGAAUAACAACUACUUUUGUUCCUCUUAGAUGGGUAUGGAGACCGGAAUUUUAUCUUUACCAUAGGUUAUUUUUUAAAAAUAAUUAA